AUGUCCACUGCAUUCAAUCCUCCUCAAGCAAGAGGCAUCGACCUGAGCUUGCCCACAUGCGGUGAGACGCAGUGCAACGGCCACGGUACCUGCGUGAGUCCUCCUGGUGGGGGGACUGCCCUGGUGUGUGAGUGUGAACUUGGUUACAGGGGGGAGUUCUGUGAUGAUACAGUCAACGGAGCGUUGAGUUUGCCCCUGACCCUGAGUGUGGUGGCGGUCAUCCUCGGGCUGCUGAUCCUGGCUUUCAUCGUCGCCAAGAUGAGGCAGAGGCAAAAAAAAAAACUCAGGUACUCCUUUUUCAGCUGUGUCUUCUGGAGGAGAGCUUUCCUAUGUGUUGAUUAUUGAUUGAUUAUUUAGAUUAUUUAUGUCCACCAAUUCUUUUGUGAACACUCCUAAAGUUAAAAGUUUGCUUAAGCCAUGCUCAUCAUGCCCCGACUUCAGCAUCCAUACUUCUUACUACUCCUUUUUCCACAAAAGGGAACAAACAAAUGAUAAACUCUUCUUGACCCCCAUGUGACCUGGAAUGUCUUUCAAUUCAACAGGAAGUGCAGAAAAAAGCUGGUUUAUCUGCAUGUUUACAAAAAGAAAACUGAUAAAAGCAUGAUCACUGACAGUCAUCUUAGUUAACAGAGAAAUGAGCUUUAGUAACACCCUGAGCUGGCAAAAUAAAAGAGAAGAAGAGCAUGUAAUGUCCUAGAUAUACACUGAAAAGAAGUUGUUUGUUUAAAUAUGUAUAUCUGUGAUAGCACACAUGAGGACAAGUUCACAGAUCAGCUCUUCUGUGUGUUUCAACAGGAAAAUUAGGGAAGUAGAGGAUGGCUACAAUGUCGCUGUGUGA